GGAAGACUCGAUGCAGCUCUUCAGCAGGCGGAGGAUGCAGAGAAAGAAAGGUGGGAAAACGAAAAACCUCCCAGACAACCAUUACCGGAGGGAUUCUACGAGUCCGUGUUUAACGCAACGUGGAGUCACGUCAUGGGGUUUCCUGAGGGCGAAGAUGAAUACAUGGUGGUGAGAGAGGGUCAACGGCCACAAGAGUUAUGGGAGUACACGCAGACUGUGCGUACUUUUCUCUCAGUGGGUGGUGAUGAGCAAUUCCGUCCACCACGCCCACGACUCAUGAUCCUUUCCUCUGAACAGCGAUGA